CUCUUUAGAAAUAUUUCGUAAAAAAAAUUUCUGCGUUUACACAUUAUUGCUCGUUGGUCACUUUCAUCUCUCUUAUCCCUUUGCUUUUCCAUUGAUUCAGCUCAUAAACCAAAAAAGUCUCAUCGUUCUCUCUGGAUCUGAGCGAAAGAUCGUUCCUUUGUAAGAUACUACUAAAGUAGAUUGAUGAUCAGAAUCAAUUAGAGUGUGUAUAAGAGGAAGAGAAAGAGAAAACAGCAUGUGUAUUGCCGUAUACCGUAAAGUUUUGCGCUUGAAUCUGUAUUGCCGUGUGAUUCUGUAAAUUGUUUCACCUUUGAACCAAGACCUUCAAGAGUCAAAUCCUCUUCUUUGUUCUUAUUCAUCUUCCCUUCGUUUUCGAUAUAUUUUAAACACUUUUGAAAAUGGGAUCACAACAUUUCUAUGUGUACCAUUGUGAACAAAGAAUCAGCUAGACUAAAGCUUACUUUCCUUCCACAACAAAAGUUUCCUCCUUUUGGUUUGGUUUCUGUCUGCUUUUUUCCAUCAAAGAUUUCCUCAAAGUUAUGGUGUGCCAAUCACCUGGUAAGACAAGAUUUCGAGCAUUGAAGUACGAGACAGGAAACGCUAACAAAUCAACAAUUGUAGUUAGAGUUAUUGAAUGCUAUCAACCGAUGGAUAAUUGCCAGGCUGAGUACUUCAGACUUCUUCUCAAACCUGUCACGUAGUUGGUUGGUGAUAUUUCGCUGCAUUUUUCAAUCUGGGAUUUUUUUCGUUCGUCUUUCUUUUACUAUUUUCUCCAAAAGGGCACAAGAAGUAUUGCAUUCACUCAAUUGAGCAACUUAACAAUCGUGUUGUACUUUUUGAAGCUCCCUUGAGCUAAACUGCUAAGAGCAUGCCUUUAGAUACGAGGCAACGGGAUUUGCCUCUGGGCUUAAGUCCUCAAACUUGCUUCGAGGAUAUAGCAGGUCGGUCUGUCCAUCCUGGAAUUCCUCUCCCUGAGCAUGGGAAACUAUAUGCAGCUAAGCUUCAGGCUCGCUGUUUGCAGCCACCACCAUUCAUGUCUUUGCUGUGCAGCCAUGAUAAGGAGUCUUAUGGAAAACGAUUCUCACGGUCUGACAUGCGGUCUUGGUGCGCUGCUGCUGCUACUACUACUACUACUCCAUAUGGAGCAUUAGAGUCUUCUCAGAAAAGACUUUUGAUAUUCGAUCAGUCAGGAAACCAGACUCGUCUAUUACAAUGUCCAUUUCCUCUACGGUUUCCAUCUCAUGCGGCUGCAGAGCCAGUGAAACUCUCUGAGUUACAAGGUAUAGAGAAAGCUUUCAAGGAAGAUGGUGAAGAGUUUGACAAGAACCAUUUAGAUGGAACAGAGUCAGAAAUGCAUGAAGACACUGAGGAGAUCAAUGCAUUGCUGUAUUCAGAUGAUGAUUAUGAUGAUGAUGAUGAUUGUGAGAGUGAUGAUGAAGUAAUGAGCACUGGUCACUCUCCUUAUCCAAAUGAACGAGUUUGCAACAAAAGGGAAUUAGAAGAUAUCGAUGGCCCUUGUAAAAGGCAGAAACUACUGGAUAAGGUCAACAACAGCAGCGACUCAUCAUCACUUGUGGGCACUACGAGUUCCACAAAACUCAAUGGAUCGUCCUUUCUGAAGGACAAAAAGCUCCCUGAAUCAAAAAACAUCUCGACCAAAGAAGACACUGGUUCUGGUCUGAGCAAUGAGCAGUCGAAGAAAGAUAAGAUCCGCACAGCUCUGAAAAUACUCGAGAGCAUAGUCCCCGGUGCAAAAGGAAACGAAGCGCUCUUACUUCUGGACGAAGCAAUUGAUUACCUAAAGUUACUGAAACGAGACUUAAUCUCCACAGAGGUUAAGAACCAAAGCUCCACCACUCACAAGUCACCAAUCUUGUUGGUUAAAGAGACAACAUGGGGAACAAGAAAUCUGCAGACAGAUAAGGCAUGAAAGAUUCUCACGAGUUAAAACGUGUGAAGUGGGUUUUUGGGUACGUAUCCUCUGCACCAGCUUUUUAGCUGUAUAUAGUGGACUACUUUAAGUAUAUAUAAUAUGCUACUGCAAUUUCAAAAAGUUAAAGAAGAAAAGAGGUCACUUUCUUCUUCUCUCUGUGUGGAAAGAAAAGCCAAAGUCGUCAUGGUCAUUGAUCGACAAUGAUUAUCUUUUUUGGCUGAGUGUGGAUGGUGAAAUCAAAAGGCAAUAUUCAA